AUGUCGGAGUGUGGUGUGCAGGACCGUCCUUCGGGGGAUCUCCCGGAUGGCCAUCGGUCUUGGGUUCAGAAAGUUAUUGGUAGUAGUGCGGGGAAGAGACGGGUGCCAGAGGUUUUACUGGAUGAUGCGUUUGUUGAUUCUCGAAUGCGGCUAGAGUUUCCGAAUGGGGAAGAUGGUGAGCCGGUGGUAACGAUUGGGGCAGAGAUUCUUGAUGUUAUGAAUGGCAUGUGGAAGCAAUGUAUGAUUGUGAAGGUGUUGGGGCGUAACAUAUCAAUUGCGGUGCUGAGCAGAAAGUUGAGGGAGCUGUGGAAUCCAAAGGGAGGGAUGUAUGUGUUGGAUCUUCCAAGGCAGUUCUUCAUGAUUCGUUUUGAUAUUGAGGAAGAGUUUUUGGCAGCUUUGACAGGGGGUCCUUGGAAGGCGUUUGGUAGUUACCUCAUGGUAAAGGCUUGGUCACCGGAAUUUGAUCCUUUGAGGGAUGAAAUUGUCAUGACGCCGGUGUGGAUUCGGCUGACAAACAUUCCUCUUAAUUUUUACCAUCAGUCCAUUCUUAUGCGACUUGCGAAAGGGUUGGGAAGCCCAAUUAAAGUGAACAUGAUGACGCUGAACGUUGAGCGUGCUAGGUUUGCGAGAGUCUAUGUUGAAGUUAAUUUAAGGAAACCUUUGAAAGGGACAAUUAUGAUUAAUGGUGAGCGUUACUUUGUUGCUUACGAGGGUCUUACAAUAUUUGUUCCAUGGUACAUUCAUGUCCUAAAGGUCGGACGGUGA